AUGACUACAAGCCCCAACACACCAAGCGCUGCCACUUCCUCGUCUUUAGCUCAUCAAUGGGCUGAGUCCUUGACCAAGUCUUGGUCUGAUGAAGUGAAGGAUGAAUGGAGACGCGAGCAACGCCGUCAGAACUCCAAGAGGUUUCGAACGCGCAAGCAGCACGAGCUGAUCCAACUACGAAGAGAACAGGACCACCUCGAACUACAAGUCAAACGGUUCGUUGCAGCUUUGAGUCAGUCAUCCACGCAGAAGCCGACCAACUCCAGCGAACUGUACAGCGCGCUAUGCCGACUCGCUAUUGAGGGUGAGACGUUGAUGCGAGAAAAGCUGCUGCUGAAGCAAGAACUCUAUAGACACGAGUACUUCCUGGGCAUCGCGAGUAAAACACCGGAGAGCGUAGUUGUUGUCCCCAAGGAGAAGAAAAUACCACAAAGCGUCCUCGAUGCGAGUAAAAAGUCUCGUUGGGUGGCCUACGCGCGUUGUGAGCAAUAUGGCUGGUGUGUGAAUUUCCCGAACGAGGAGCCUUCUUUCUUCUUCUACCCGUUCACAAGAGAAGAAUUCGAUGGUGUGAUCAAGACUACGCUCGCUGGCCUCGGUACAGAUCCGCUAGUAGUUGGCAAGAUAUUUGGGUGGAAUGUCCAUCCAGCACCUCUGACGCGCAACGCUGAAACUGGUUCACUUGUCGCCCAUGUGAGAUUAACUACACGUGUUAAAUGUUCGUUAAAAGAUGCCGAUGCCAUGGUGUCUUCAUCCGAUGUCAAUUCUUGGCCGCUUUUGACCACACCAACGGCUUGGAGAAGAGGCGGCGAAACAAGUGUGUCGACACAAGUUCUUCAGCAGUUCGACCUUAACUCACACGUGUUAGUGACAAAUAUUUGUGGACAAGUUCAUUUUCGUUACGUUCAUCUUGAUCUGCGGUGGCCAAGAGAGAAUGAGAAUGGUAUACGCGAAGUUCUCUAUGUCGCUGUGGUUGGAGACACGGAAGCUAACGCUCAAGCCCGAGAGUCUAGGACUGACGUCCAGUGGGCUCGUGACAGUGGCUAUUGCAUUCGAUUCACAGAGGUAAACGAGACAACAAUAGAUGUGACGUAUGAUCGCUGGUCUCAAAGUGAGAGUGAGAAUCAAGCUCAGGAGCUCUUCGUCGACUGGGCUCAAGUAGUGUGUCGAUGGUCGCAGCGUGCAACAUCUUUCAAGUUGAUCGAGUCUGGGUAACAUAAAUCAAGAAUGUAUUGCAUUUUGUUUUAGAAAUAGCA